AUGGAGACUGAGAAGAGCAGCACCAUCAAGGUGCUCGGCUUUUUGGCCGUUGGACUGAGUUUGGCCGCCACUAUCAGCUGUGUUCUUGGCAUUGCCUUCAUCGUAAACCAAGGCAAUGAGAUCAGAUAUGAACUUCACAGUGAAUUGUUCGGCAUGAAAGUGAGUUUUUGUUAGCUAAAAUUCUGAAAAAUUGAGUUUUGUUACCUAAAAUAUUCCAAAAUCAAAUUUUAUUACCUAAAAUAAAAUGAAAAUCAUUUUCAGCAAGACACAGACUUCCUCUGGUCCAGCUUAAUGUCCCAGUCCAGCCCAAGCCGUAUGAAGCGUCAGUACGAUAGCUACGCCGCUCCAGCCGCUUCAUCGUACGCUUCCAACACAUACGAUGCCCCAGCUUCAUCUGGCUUCAACUCCUACGCUCAGCCACCAUCAAACCCCUACGCUUCGGCUUCAGCUGGCUACAACACUGCCCCACCAUCCGGUUAUGACGUUCCAGCUGGCUACGAAUCUGGACCAGUCAAGGUGGGAGACCGAAGCUAUGGUGCUUUCCAGCCGUCGGCCGCUCCGCCAGCUAUUCAGUACUGCUCAUGUGACGACUUUAAGUGCCCACCUGGACCACCAGGACCAAAAGGUGUGGCAGGUAAGGAUGGAGACGAUGGAGAGCCAGGUAUUGAUGGUGAAGACGGAGAAGAAGCGCAAGAUGCUCCAGCUCAAGUACAACAAUACGAAAAGUGCUUCCAUUGUCCAGCCGGCCAACCCGGACCACAAGGACCACCCGGCCGUCCAGGACCACGUGGUAUGCGUGGAGCUCGCGGUCAGCCAGGAGUACCAGGCAGAGACGGUCAACCCGGCUUCCCCGGCGGCCUGGGACCAGAAGGACCACAAGGCAGACGUGGUGAAGACGGCCCACAAGGACUGCCUGGAGAGGACACUGAGCACAAAGUUGGUUCACCUGGUCCACGUGGAUCACCCGGACCCAUUGGUGAUAUUGGAGAAGCCGGUAAGCCAGGCCCAGACGGUCCCAUCGGCCCACAAGGACCACCCGGCGACCCAGGAUUGGCCGGUAAACCAGGAAAGGAUGGUGAACUGGGACCAUUGGGAGAGCCUGGAGAUGAAGGUGAGCCAGGUGCUGAUGCCACUUAUUGUCCUUGUCCAUCUCGCAACGCCUUGGCUGAUGCCAAAGCUGUAGCUACUGAGGCUCCAAAGGUUGAGACUACUACUACAACUACUACUGUGAAGCCAGAUGUCGCUGUAAAGCCUAGUGGCUACGCUGUGAGACCACCUGUGUAUCAACAAAAAUAUCGAUCAGCUUUGAAUGCUUAUAGAAGAGCUAGACUAUGA